CGAUUGUGAUUGUUUGGAUCCCCAGGUUUUUCCUUUGAGGUUCAGCAUACAUUCCAGGGAAAGGUUCUUCCUCGGGGAACCGGAUGUACUCAUGGACAAGUGCUAACCGGGGAGAACAGGUAGUGAUAUACGACUUCUACUUCUGCUCAACUCUGCUCUACUCUACGUUGGUCUACGACUUUCUCGACUCACACUCCACGACGAUUAUCUACACUUACACGACUACACUUACGAAACAAACAAACAACAUGCAACUAAUCACCGCAUUCACCUCAACCUCCUGUCUCUUCCCCCACCUCUCCCUCCCUCACCCCUUCUCCUCCACCUCCACGCCCUCUUCUCCCACCUUUGCGUCCCCAUCCACACUCUUCGCUCCCACUCACAAUACAUCUCGUGUCUUCUGUCUCUUCACCUUACCGCUGCGUCUCGCAUACUCAGCCUCCACGCUCCCCUUCCGAGUCAUCCGCGCUGCCGGUGCGGUACUCGAGGGCGAGAAUGGCGAUGCGUGGUUGGAGGCUGAUCUUGGUGUUGAUGAGGAUGUCGAGGGGAAGAAGAAGGAGAAAGUGUUGAAGAAAGUUCGGUUUAGGGGUGUUGAUAUCUUUCGGAAACAGUUGUCUGACUUCCGUUUCUCGUCUGCUCCCUCGUCCUCUCUGGCCGAGGUCGAGCAUGACGUUUGUUGGGGCGAACUUGGAUGCAUGACGCUGCUUCCUUCAGACUUUGUCCACCUCGGUGCCUCCACUCAAAUCUUCGUUUGUUUUGCUCUCGGUUUGUGGUUUGAUGUUUCGUUCUUCGUGCGUGGGAUGAGUAUGAGUAUGGGUAUUAGGAUUAGUUUGGGUUUGAGUAUGAGUAAUUUUAUGGUUGGCACGAAACUGCUCCUUUCCAUUCGUCGUAUCUCGUCUCACACAACCUCGAUGUCAACCAGGUGGUGAGUCUACGGACUUUCGAGCUCAGCGGGAGACUAGUCCGUAAACGGAGAUUUUCGUACGAAGGGGUACGUUUGCAGGGUGUCUGAGAAGGAGAGAAUGUACGAGCAUGAGAAUAAGGAAUGGAGACGGGAUUACAGGUUCUAUUUGUUG